AACUUCAUACCAUUUUAUAAAAUAAACUAGCCGAGCAAAAUAAUAACUAUACUGCUAAGCUGCAUGUUGAUAUGUUCUCAUUCAUAUCUGUCAGUUGAUCAUGCAGUUUUUUAAAUAUCUUGGUACCGUUCAGGAGAGAUAUCAUAAAGAGAAAAGAGAAUUUUUUUUAUCCAGGCACCGACAGUUUUAAAAUCCGAAACAUGGACAAACGAUCAGCUGAUUAUACGGAUACGGAUAUAUCAGCCUCCCCCUCACGUGCUUCGUUUUCUGCAGGUAGAGGCGAGCGACUGGUGAUGAACCGCCGCACGGGACCAUGGGAAGGGUACAGAUGGCAGGGGGAAGCCCGUUGUCUCCUUCCCGCCUUCCUUUGCGCGCACAUUUUCGUCGAGAGAGAGGCGUCUGGGUACGAGGCAGCAGAUAUGCGCUGCAUAUGCUAGUGGAAUGACUCGUUUUGGACUAUUCAUUAUCGGUUCGUUAUCUCGACACCAAAAAUGUACACAUUAAGGUAUUCAUAUUAGACAUGCAUUUUGGAAAUCGGUUCUAACUAUUCGGCAUCCAGUUCUGAAUUUGUUACAGCUUUUGUUUCUUGGAAUGCAGGGAAAGUCCCAGAUUUUUCCACAUCUGAUAAAGGCACGAAAGGGCGGCUGACUUCGAGGUAAGUAGCUUGGUUUAUAAAGAAUAAACUUAUCUUAGCUUACCUUUUUCUAUUUCAUAUAUCUUACUUGAGAUUUUAAUUUUCGCAGGUAUAAGUUUCCUGAAUUGCGAUUGUUUAUAAGAGACUCAAAAAACUCGACCUCGAUUAGUAGGGAUCGUUUGUCGUGUGAUUUCAAAAGUUCGAAGCAACUCUUUGAAGAGCUCAUACAAUCAGUUGAAAUCGUUUUGCCUUUACGAAAUAGAUUCCCUUAACAGAAAAGCUUAUAAAUAUUCCCAGUUGAUACAGACAUGUAACGCCGGGUAGAUAUUGAAAUUAACAACAAAAAAAACCCUACGUCUAUUUCAUGCAUGUUAAUUAAACUGCGUAUUCCUUUCUUGGUAUCGUUAUCAGCUGAUCGUAAAAUGCGGAGAGUCCUAAAGCUUUAUUGUACUUCACUGUACUCUUAGAGAUAAAUUUCCUGGUAAGCUCUUGGUAGUGUAGCAUAGAUAUAUGUUACAAAGAUAAAUCAUUUCCGUUUUUUUUCUCUAAUGUUUGUAUUGAAGCAUGUUAGUCCUUUUCACUUUCUUGGAAAGCAAAACAGUUCCAAAUGUCGUUCCUUUUGCAGGGUUAAUAUUAAUGGAAUUAGGUUUUCAGAGCGUAAGUGUUAUAAUACAUCUUGGCACCGCUACAUUCGAUUGCUGGGUUCGUUAACCUUGCACAGCGAAACAGCCGUUGAGAACUUCAUGGCAAGUCAGGCGCCACAAACUUCUUCGGAGGAAAGUGAA